UCUCCUCCAAGAGCCAAAGAUAAGAAGAAGAAGAAGAUGAUGGUGAUGUGACGGUCUCCUCCGCCGCAAGAUCCAUCCAUCCUUCCCUCCCUCCCAAAAUCCUUCCUCACCUCACCUCACCUCACCCACCCCAAAUUUCAUUUCCAGUUCCAGAAAACGGGAAAAAAGAAGAAGAAAAAAAAAUAAAAUCCAAGCUUUAACCAGUCAGUGUUCCUUCUCUGUGUCUGUGCUGUGGACUGAAGCUCAAAAGAAAAGCAACAACAAUGGCAGCCCUUCAGCAGAUCCCAAUCUCCUCCCAGUCCAAAACCCUCCCUCUGCCCCAAGCCCCGACAAGAACCCCAUUCCUCCACAGGCCUUUCAGUCUGUCCUUCUCCUCCUCCAUCCCCUCCCUCAACCUCUCCUCCUCCAACCACCACCACCUCCUCCUCCGCCCCGGCUCCGCCCUCGGUGCUCGGAUGGUCGCCACCGCAGCCGCAAGCUAUGCCGCCGCCCUUGCUGACGUGGCCAGGUCCAACAACACCCUCGACUCCACCAGCGCUGACAUGGAGAAGAUCGAGAAGGUCUUCGCCGACCCACUGGUGCACGAGUUCUUCUCCAACCCCACCGUCGACCUCGAGAAGAAGCGCAUGGUCAUUGACGAGAUCGCCACCAGCUCCGCUCUCCAGCCCCACACCGCCAACUUCCUCAACAUCCUCGUCGACGCCAAGAGGAUCGAUCUCAUCAAGGACAUCGUCAAGGACUUCGAGACCGUCUACAACAAGCUCACCGACACCGAGCUGGCCGUCGUCAGUUCCGUGGUGAAGCUCGAGUCGCAGCACCUGGCUCAGAUUGCCAAGCAAGUGCAGAAGCUCACCGGGGCCAAGAACGUAAGAAUCAAGACCGUGAUCGACCCGAGCUUGGUCGCAGGGUUCACCAUCAGGUAUGGGAACUCGGGGUCAAAGUUGAUCGACAUGAGCGUGAAGAAGCAGCUCGAGGACAUUGCUGCCCAGCUCGACUUGGGUGAUAUCCAAUUAGCUGUAUAAGAAAAGAGAGCUCAAGUUCUCCUUCUUAUCGAAUUUCGAACUUUUGAAAAAGAUGUUGGGAAGGAAUACAAAUUCUUCCUCCUCCUCCUCCUCCUCCUCCUCCUGUCUAUGAAUUAAUUUGGAUUUGGAAUUUCUGUUCUUGUUCUUGUUCUUGUUCUUGGUGUCACUGUAGCUAAAAAAUGCGAUGCUGUGUCUGUCAGUCGUAUGGAACAACUGAGGAGUACAUUUUAGUUUGCACAGUGUAA